AUGGAUCCAGCGAUGAAUAUUGCGAUGCAGCACCGAGCCCCUCAAGCCUGCAAAUCAUGCAGGAAGCUCAAGAGGAAAUGCGUCUUCAACGAAACGUUGGGCAAAUGCAACCGGUGCUUUGAGACCAGUAAAGCAUGUGUGUAUGCUGAGGUCAAUCCGGCCGCUCCCCAUGAUGAUUCCGUCGCCGUCGUCCAUCACAAUGCGUCCACGACGUCCAUGAGUGCUGACUCUGGACACCUGGAUGCCUCGCUCCAACAGGGCGACCCCUCGUACCUGGAUCCGUUCGGCGGUACCCUUCAAGUUACACCCGACUGGUAUGGACUUAAUCAGCCAAAUGUACUGUCGAAUGGAGGCCACGUGAUGGGUCCAGGGAGUGGGGACAUGGCCGCUUACCCAUCCCCAUCAACCCAUGCUGGCAGACAGAAUUAA